UCCCCGACCCCUUUCUUGCGUCACUGCCAUGUGGGCCCCACUCCUCCCCCCUCUUUCCGCCACAUACACAAGAACCCAACCAUGUAAAAACCCUUGCCAAUUUUCGCAGCCAACUCCGGCUUUCCCCUCGCGACCUCUCACGCCGCCGCCGCCGCCGAGGAAAAUGGUUGAGCACCUAUUCGAGGAUAUCUUCACUGUGACCAGGCUCGAUCCUGAUGGGAAGAAGUUCGACAGAGUUAGUCGCAUCGAAGCUCGUAGCGAGCAGUUCGACAUGUACAUGCAGUUAGAUGUUGCUACUGAGGUCUAUCCGAUGCGUGCUGGUGACAGAUUCACCAUGGUUUUAGCUCCUACUCUGAAUCUGGAUGGAACUCCGGACACUGGCUUCUACACGCAGGCUGGCAGAAAAACACUUGCUGACAAGUUUGACUAUGUCAUGCAUGGAAAGCUCUACAAGAUCUCAGAAGACAGUUCCAGUGGUCAAGCCACCAAAGUGGAGAUCUAUGCAUCGUUUGGUGGCCUUCUGAUGAUGCUCAAGGGUGACCCCUCCAGUGCCGCUAGCUUUGAGCUGGACCAGAGGCUGUUCCUCCUCAUUCGAAAGGUGUAGAUGCACUAUCUACCUAAUAACCUGUGAUGAUGGUUAACUUUCAGGCUAUAGCCAGCCUCUGAUCUCCAUUUGAUGGUUUCUUGUCAUGCUAAUUGCGCACCACCCCUAUCCACUCCCUUGGGUGGCAAUGCAACUUUGUAUCAAACAUCGACAAAUACUUGUUGAAACAUAACUCAUUUAAGCAUGUUAUGUGAAAUUGUCCCGUUGUUUCGCAUUUGGUA